UUUGCAACAACAACUAUAGUAUAUAUACUCAGAUGCACAAGUAUCGGUGUGUCGGUAACACGACUUCGAAUCGACUUAGAAUACUUGUUUUGAAAUGCAUCGGAAUCUAUUUAGCUGAAUUGUAAGCUAUUUGACGACCUUUUUUGCUGAUCUGUUUUGUGUUCACUGUGAAAACAAGUGGUAUUGAGCCGCAUUAGCGGGAAUCAAGAGCCAGGCUCAGUACAGCCGUAUAUGCGAACAGUCACGCUAUGUCGCAAAUUCUGCAGUUGGACACUCUGGUCACAAUGUUGGCUUGCCUAACCACAACGCACAACGAUCUGGGCGAACAGAUGCUGCCAAUGGACAAUAUGACAGCUGGCACGUGUCCUUUAUCAGCACUAAGCACUAUAACCACACGCAUCCAGGCGCUUUCGAAAGAUAUUGCCAGUGCGAGAGAUCAAAUUGGCAACCUGCAGGAGCAGCUGGUAGAUCUGCGACGAGCGGGUGCCCCGAUCAGCCCCAGAGAACCAUUCAGCAUCGGGACGCGCAUUGGUGUAUUCCCAUCUGUCGGCAAAAUUGAAGGGGCUGAUGAUGGCAAUUCGGUCGAAUCGAGAACUGAGCACAACUGCCACAAGCAACAGCACGGCGUAGUGCUGAUUCGUCUGCGCGCCAACACGGACUCGUUCUUUGUGGUCUGUGACCAGAAGACACAUGGUGGAGGCUGGAUUGUGGUCGCGCAUCGCGUUGAUGGUAGCGAAGACUUCAAUCGUAAGUGGGCCGACUAUAAGAUCGGCUUUGGCCCGUUAACAAAUGAGUUCUUUAUUGGCCUGGAGAGGCUAUACCAAAUCUGCACGAAUGAAGUUUGCGAGCUGCUCGUUGAGAUGGAGAAUCGCAACCAGGACCGGCGAUAUGCGCUCUAUGAUCGCUUUGGCAUUGGCAGUGAGUCCGAGCAGUAUCGUCUCAAUGUACUGGGUAAAUAUCAGGGCGACGCUACCGAUGCACUGCGUGAGCAUGUGGGCAAGAAGUUCAGCACUCAAGACAAGGACAACGACGAGAGCGAUGACAACUGCGCUGCAGCCCAAUCGGCAGCCUUCUGGUAUGGCAGCGUCUGCACUCUCAGUAAUCCGUUUGGAAUGUAUCAGCGCCUACUGGAACGCGAUGUGGAUGGUUUUAAGGGCAUCCUGUGGAAAGGUUUCUUCAGUGGCCCCAAGGGAUCUAUGAAACUAAUGCGCUUCCUAGUACGUCCACGCACCAGCGCCAGAUAACGACAUUCCCCAUUAAGUAUAUGCAUACACGCAACAUAAAUACAAAUAUAAAUACAAAUAUUUUUUAAUACAAAAUUACAACAAAAAUCCCAUAACCUAAUGAUAAAUAAAUCACAAAUCACAAACCAAAAUUAGAGAUACUAAGGUAUAAAUGCAUUACCCAGCCCUAAGCAUUACUCAUUUCGAAAUAGUAAUUAAGUAAUUACAUUCCAAUUACGCGCUUUUAUUUAAAGCUAAAUGAAUGUUAAUUCUGACUUUUGAUUUUAAAAAUUAAUAGGAUAUUUAAUAGGAAAGUCAGAUACAAAUAUUUAAAGCAUACA